GCGACCCAAAUCUCAACCGGCACGUCCGAGUUGCGCGACAUAACCAAGAUGGAGCGGAUAGGUGCGCACUCGCACAUCCGCGGCCUCGGGCUUGACGACAGGUUGGAGCCGAGGGAAAACUCCCAGGGGAUGGUUGGGCAGGCCAAGGCGCGAAAAGCAGCGGGCAUGAUCCUCAAAAUGGUCCAGGAGGGGCGCAUCGCAGGACGCGCCAUGCUCUUCGCGGGCCCGCCGUCGACCGGUAAAACCGCCAUUGCGCUAGGCAUGGCACAGACUCUAGGUCCAGACGUUCCUUUCACCAUGAUCGCCGCAAGCGAGGUCUUCUCGCUCUCCAUGUCUAAAACCGAAGCCCUCACCCAGGCAUUCCGGAGAAGUAUUGGUGUGCGCAUCAAGGAGGAGACGGAGAUCAUUGAGGGCGAGGUGGUCGAAAUCCAGAUCGACCGAAGUCUUACUGGGGCAACGAAAACUGGAAAACUUACUAUCAAGACGACGGAUAUGGAGACUAUUUACGACCUUGGGAACAAGAUGAUCGACGCCUUGUCGAAAGAGAAGGUCACUGCCGGCGACGUGAUCUCAAUAGACAAGACGUCCGGAAAAGUGACAAAACUUGGCCGGUCAUUCGCGCGGUCAAGGGAUUACGACGCAAUGGGGGCAGACACGAAAUUCGUGCAAUGUCCAGAAGGCGAGAUCCAGAAGCGCAAGGAGGUCGUCCACACGGUCUCGCUGCAUGAAAUCGACGUCAUAAACAGCCGCACACAAGGUUUCCUUGCACUGUUCGCAGGAGACACCGGGGAGAUCAAACCCGAACUCCGCAACCAGAUCAACGCGAAAGUUGCUGAAUGGCGAGAGGAGGGUAAGGCGGAGAUCAUCCCAGGCGUGCUGUUCAUCGACGAGGUGCACAUGCUCGACAUCGAGUGUUUCUCAUUCUUGAAUCGUGCGCUCGAGAACGAGCUCGCACCCCUUGUUAUCAUGGCCUCGAACCGCGGCGUCGCCCGCAUACGUGGGACCAACCUUCACAGCCCCCACGGUCUGCCUCCAGAUUUGCUCGACCGAGUCUUGAUCGUGAGUACGCAGCCGUACACGCCCGAGGACAUCCAGUACAUCAUCAAGAUCCGGUGCGAAGAGGAGGACGUUACUCUCACGGAAAAGGCUCUCGGCAUCCUCACACGGCUCGCAGCGGAGACCACGCUGCGGUAUGUGCUCAACCUCAUUUCAUGUGCACAAAUGAUCGCCAAGAAACGCAAAGCCGAGUCUGUCGACGACGUGGACAUCCGACGAGCAUACGUGUACUUCUUCGACGAAAAGCGCAGCGUACAAUGGAUCAAAGAGCAGCAGCACAGGUUGGUCUCGGAGGAGGGUGUCGACUUCAACGUCAACUCGCUGCCAGCGACUAAGCCUGUUGCCUCUGAGAUCAUGGAUGAGAGCUGAGCGGAGGGUGUAUAGAACGGGAGCGGCCCGUUGUUGUUACUGUACUGUAUCUCGACCAUCUUGUAUUGCAGGCUUGAAUGCGAUGACUACCUGACCGUC